GGUAAGAAGGUGAGCGAAAGAUGGCGGCGGAAGCGCUGCUGUCCAGUCUGUUGGGGCUGCUGCUUCUGGGGCUCCUGUUACCCGCAAGUCUGACUGGCGGUGUCGGCAGCCUGAACCUAGAGGAGCUGAGUGAGAUGCGUUAUGGGAUCGAGAUCCUGCCAUUGCCUGUCAUGGGAGGGCAGAGCCAAGCUUCCGACGUGGUGAUUGUCUCCUCUAAGUACAAACAGCGCUAUGAAUGUCGCCUGCCAGCUGGAGCUAUUCACUUCCAGCGUGAAAGGGAGGAGGAGGCACCUGCUUACCGAGGGCCUGGGAUCCCCGAGUUGUUGAGCCCAAUGAAAGAUGCUCCUUGCCUGCUGAAGACCAAGGACUGGUGGACGUAUGAAUUCUGUUAUGGACGCCACAUCCAGCAGUACCACAUGGAAGAUUCAGAGAUCAAAGGUGAAGUCCUCUAUCUCGGCUACUAUCAAUCGGCCUUCGACUGGGAUGAUGAGACAGCCAAGGCCUCCAAGCAGCAUCGCCUGAAACGCUACCACAGCCAGACCUAUGGCAAUGGGUCCAAGUGCGACCUCAAUGGGAGGCCACGGGAGGCCGAGGUUCGGUUCCUCUGUGAUGAGGGUGCUGGUAUGUCCGGGGACUACAUCGACCGUGUGGAUGAGCCCUUGUCCUGCUCCUAUGUGCUGACCAUUCGGACGCCUCGGCUCUGCCCCCACCCUCUCCUCCGGCCCCCACCCAGUGCCGCCCCCCAGGCCAUUCUCUGUCACCCUGCCCUGCAGCCCGAGGAGUACAUGGCCUACAUUCAGAGGCAAGCUGUAGACUCCAAGCAGUAUGGGGAUAAAGUCCUAGAGGAGCUGCAAGGCCCGGAGACCCAAAUGUGGAAUGAGGCCCAGCCGGGGGCAGUGCCCUCAGAGAGAGCAGGUGCACGCCCCACCAAGGAUGACAGUAAGGAAUCAGAUUUCUGGAAGAUGCUUCAUGAGCCAGAGGAGCAGACCCCUGGGGCAGAGGAGGCUCAGGCUGAGGAGCAGGAACCAAACCCUGAGGCAGCAGAUCCAGCUCCGGGCCCUCCCCAUGAUUUUCAGAACAAUGUGCAGGUCAAAGUCAUCCGGAGUCCUGCGGACUUGAUUCGAUUGAUAGAGGAGCUGAAAGGUGGCUCAAAAAAGGGGAGGCCAGACGGAGGCCAAGAGCAGCCUGCAGACGAUGCUGCAGAAGUCCCUCACAGGGAAGCAGAGGUGAAGGAAAAGAGUGACGCGGAUCAUCAGAAUGAGGUGGAAGAAGAGGAGGAGGAGGAGGAUGAAGACGAAGAUGAGGAUGAACAGCAGUUACUGGGAGAGUUUGAGAAGGAACUGGAAGAGAUACUGCUGCCCUCAGACCGAGACCGGCUCCGGUCGGAGGUGAAGGCCGGCAUGGAGCGGGAACUGGAGAACAUCAUCCAGGAGACAGAGAAGGAGCUGGGCCCAGACGGGCUGCAGAAGGAGUCCGAGCGUGACCGGGCAAUGCUGGCCCUGACCUCCACUCUCAACAAACUCAUCAAAAGGCUGGAGGAAAAACAGAGUCCAGAACUGGUGAAGAAGCACAGGAAAAGGAGGGUUGUCCCCAAAAAGCCUCCCCUCUCCCCCCAAACAGCAGAGGAGGAUCCUGAGCACAGAGUCCGGGUCCGGGUCACCAAGCUCCGUCACGGAGGCCCCAAUCAGGAUCUGACUGUCCUCGAGAUGAAACGGGAAAACCCACAGCUGAAACAAAUCGAGGGGCUGGUGAAAGAGCUGCUGGAGAGGGAGGGGCUCACGGCGGAAGGGAAAAUUGAAAUCAAAAUCGUGCGACCAGGGGCAGAAGGGACAGAGGAGGAUGCCCGUUGGCUGACUGACGAGGACACGAGAAACCUCAAGGAGAUUUUCUUCAAUAUCUUGGUGCAGGGAGCAGAGGAGGCGCAGAAAGAGCGGCAACGGCAGAAGGAGCUGGAGAGCAAUUACCGCCGCGUGUGGGGCUCUCGCGGCGGGGAGGGCACAGGGGACCUGGAGGAGUUUGACUUCUGAGACCACCAGUGCGGUCAGCUGGCCAAGGAGUCCAGAGCCUGCCCAGACUGGCCCUGCCUCCUCCCCCACCCGUGCCCGGGGCCCUGAAGUCGAAACAGCAGAGGCGCACUGGGCUGUGGACCUGGCCUCCUGCCUAGGCGGGGGGAGGGGGCGCCUCCGCCUCGGCUGCUGCUGCUGAGAGCCACCCAAGACCUGGCAGGCCUGUGGGGUUUGCUCUCCCAGGCUUCUCCACAGCCCCUUCCUUUCUCCCUGGCUGCCCGGUCCCGGUCCCCUAACUUGUCGGUUCCUUUCUCCUCCCUCCCUAGAGAGUUGAUGAGAUCUUUUGAAGGAGGGCAGGGAGAGCAAGAAGAGUGGGGCAGUUCAGCAGGUCCCCCACACCCUGCCUGAGCUGCUCUUCCGGGCCACCCCCUUCCCUUGGAUCGGCUUGGGAUUCCCUCCUCCUUUCCCUGCCCACACUGUUCCCUACAAUCCGGGCUUCCGAGUUGAGGUGCCUUCGCCUCUGUUUCUGAGGAAAUGGGAGAAAGUUGCCCAGCACCUCUGACACGAUGCCACCAAACAGGGUGGGGUACAGAACCACCCACCAUGUUCUUGAACAAUCAGGUUUCUCAAUAAAUAACUGGACCAUC